UUGUGGGAUUUUGAGAUACUGGAGAUCAGUGAUUGCAACAUUUUAUAGUAGUCGGUCUCUUUUUUCAUAAUAACAGAAAGAAUAUUUUUAGCAAGUAAUUGACCCAUACAGCAGAUGCCAUGAACGCGUCAGUGGCCAAAAAGACACAAGAAACAUUGGGCAAAGUGAUAAAGAAGCCUCCUCUUACUGAAAAAUUACUCAGUAAGCCGCCUUUCCGAUACCUGCACGACAUAUUCAGUGAGGUAAUACGGACUACAGGCUUUAUGAAGGGUCUUUACUUGGAGGCAGAAAUGAAAUCAGACAAUGUGAAGGAGAAGGAGGCUAAGAUGGCGUUCCUGCAGAAGGCCAUAGACGUGGUGGCGCUGGUGAGCGGGGAGGCCCUGGCGGUGCGGCCCGCGCGGAUCGUGGCCGGGCACGAGCCCGAGAAGACCAACGAGCUGCUGCAGGCCAUCGGCAAGUGCUGCCUGAACAAGCUGUCCAGCGAGGAGGCGGUGAAGAGGGUGCUGGCAGGGGACCGGCCGGACCCGCGGGGGAAGCCCAGCACCUCCUCCAAGUCCCAGGACAAGGAGAACCGCGAGGGGAAGGAGCGGCAGCGGGACAGGGAGGAGAAGAAGGAGGCGAAGGAGCAGAGCGGGAGCAGGGAGGAGAAGGGCCCGGGUCCGCAGCGGGAGGAGGGCCGCCGCCCCCCCCCGGAGAAGGACCGCCACCGGGAGGGGGAGCGGCCCGACAAGGCGCGCGACCGCGAGCGGGCGAAGGACCGCGACCGAGACGAGAAGAAGGACAAGAGCCGCGACGGGGAGAAGGACAAGAGCCGCGACAGAGAGAAGGACAAGCCCCGGGAGAAAGAGCGGGAGAAGGACAGGGAGAAGGACAGGGAGAAGGCCCGGGAGCGGGAUCAGCACAGGGACCGGGACCGAGAGAAACGCAGGGACCCCGACAAGGACCGCGAGCGGGAGAAGGACAAGGGCAGAGAGCGCCACAAGGAGCCGGAGGAGAAGAGCAAGGAAGCGGAGAGAGCGGAGAAAAAGCCCAGGGCUCCGGAGGAGACGAGGAACCGCCAGCCGCCGGAGCAGCCGGUUAAGACCGUAAAAGCCGAGGCAGAAGAGCCUCCGUGCUCACCGGAGGCAGAGUCAGGGAGCCCCGCCCGAAUACCGCGCCCCUCGUCCGCCAAGGGACAACGGAGACGACCCAAACACGGAGGCCAAGAUGAAACGGACAGUGAAGGAGAGGCUGACUCUCCCUCCACGGAGAAGCCGGCUCACCUGGAGAACGGAGACGCUACGGACUCCGCUCCUCCUCAGGUCGCCCCGAGCGCCAGGAGGAUACCCCGGCCGAGCAGCGCUCGCCCCGCCCCUCCCCGGGUCAGGAAGCAGGAGAGCCACACAGAGGCGCCCCCUGCUGAGAGGCUGGCCAGCUCCAAGCCGCCCGCGGCGGUGAUCGUAGACGGGAAGAAGCUCUCCGAGGACGAGGACGAGGACGAGCAGUUUGUGGUGGAGGACGCCCGCCCCCCUCCCAUGCCCGAAUUGGAGACGGAGAGCACAGAGGAGCUGCAGGGGGAGGAGAAGCACGGCGGGCUGGUGAAAAAAAUCCUGGAGACCAAGAAGAACUACGAAACGUCGCCGUCCUCGCCGAAAUCCAAAGACCAGGGGCGCUCUGCGGUGUCGGAGGCCUCUCAGCGGAAGGAGAGGGAGCUGGUGUCGCGGGAGAUGGACAGGCUGCGCUCCUCCAUCCAGACGGUGUGCCGCAGCGCGCUCCCCCUGGGGAAGAUCAUGGACUACAUCCAGGAGGACAUGGACUCCAUGCAGAACGAGCUGCAGACCUGGAGACGCGAGAACCAGGAGCACGCGCAGGCGCUGCUGCAGGAGCAGAGGGUGACGGACGCGGCGGUGGAGCCCCUGAAAGCCGAACUGAGCGAGCUGGAGCAGCUCAUCAGAGACCAGCAGGACAAGAUCUGCGCCGCCAAGUCCAACAUCCUGAGGAACGAGGAGAAGAUCCAGAAAAUGCUCUCCAGCAUCAACUUCUCCUCCAGGACGUGAGAGCCGCCGCGGGCCCACACAGACCGGAGCACUGACACGCGGAGCACUGACACGGAGCCCUGACACGGAGCCCGCGGCCUGCUUCAGCUCCACCUCAGCUCUGAAUGACGUGCAGGUACGCGGGCCUGACGGACGCUCGGUGUCUGUGACUGAAUGAAAGAGUGGCCUUCCACCUGAGAGCUCCUGGGCUGCUAUACCAAAUACAACCCCCUGGCCUGCAUGGCCCUCCCCCCAGCCCCCUGGCACCUCCCUCCAGCCUGCCUGGCCCCUCCCCCAUCCCAACUGGGCCCUACUGGCCCCUCCCCCAUCUCAACCAGCCCCACUGGCCCUCCCCCAGGCCUAGGUUGCCCCUUCACAUUUAAGGUGCCUUCUGUAAGCACAGCGCUUCCCCCACGUGGCCCCGCCCCUCCCAGCGUGACCCCGCCCCUGGUUGGUGUCCAGGUCUUCUCUGUGUUUCCGAGCUGGCCCUCUCUCUCUCUCUCUCUCUCUCUCUCUCACCCUCAGCCGUUUAAGCACAACUGUCCCGUCGAGCUUCUGCCCGCCGCCCGGCUUUAUUCAGCUCCAGCUCACCCAUCAUUAGCCCCGUAUUUGAAACCCAGGGACAAUAUUUUUGAGGUGCGCUACACCACAGGAUAUUCUAGGCCAGGGACCUCAGAGUCAUAUUCUGGGAGGCCGCUGUGUUUGCUGGUUUUCUGUACUUAAGUGCUUUAUUAAAGUCACUGAUUGGCUGAAGAGUCUACACGCCGAUGCCUCGAUUGGCUGCGGAUUGAAAGGAAAUCACAAAAACCAGCGGCAGCUGCAGCCCUCCUGGACUGGAGUUUGAGACCCCUGCUGAUUGACAGGAGUCUAACGGACACACUGCCUUAGAAACAGACACAGGCACACGCACACACACACACACACACAUAAGCGCACACACACAGGUCAGUCUGGACCAGUGAUCAGUCAGGUGUCAUUCGCAAAUGCGUUCGUUUCCCUGGGGUUUGGAACAUCAGCUGACUGAAUGUUCCGUGGGGUUUGGAACGUCGGUGGACUGGGCGUUCCGUGGGGUUUGGAACGUCGGUGGACUGGGCGUUCCGUGGCGGUAAGGUGAUGCCAAAUGGCGGAAAGGCAGCUCUCCUGACGGGCUCCACUGCACUUUAAAAUAAGCACCAUUUACCUGGCUGAGAGAGGAGGGAGCGGGGAAUUUUCCUCACCUGAUUCAAAACACUGUCAAGGACUUAGUCAGGCCCCAGAGCUGUUCGCUGGCUACAAAGCUAGUCGAGUUACCUGUAAGCUGGCCGUCUGUAGUGGGUUGGCUGUACUAGACUAACUCCCCGUGACACAGCUACUUUGCCAUUUCUGCCGUUUGCACAUGUAAGCUUUUUCUUCGCUGAGGACAUUUCUAGGGUUUUAGGAAAGUUGGGUUAGUUCAAAAUAGAUGCAGUAAUAGGGGUCUUUUGGUCAUUUCAAUGUCUUCGUUUCCUGUUCAAAAGCCAAAAAAGCCGAACACGAUAUGUGUUCACAGUUACUCCCAACACAAAUAAAUGUGCUGUCUACCGCCCCCUUGUGGACACAAAAAUCUAAUUAAUUAUAUUUUGGUGUGCUUGUAAUCCUUGAUUAAACCUUAUAAAUAAACCUUAUAUAAAUUAGUUCUUACAAAAAAUUUAAGCAAUACUGCAAUUGUCGGCCUUAAAUGUUUUGCACUAAAAUAAACUGGAUGGUACAGAUGUUUCAAUGAAUUGUUCAAAAAUACAUCUUGCUUUUAACUUAAAAUUUCUUGGAGCUGUAAUGUUUUACAAAAUGUGAUGGUAUAUGCUCUUGAAAAACAAUUGAGCUGAAUCAAGCAUUGUCAAUAAUAGAACUAAAUGUAUUGAAUGUAGCCACCAGUCAGUAAGCAGAACCAGAAUGUUUUACUUCAAUUGGUUGCAAAUACAAUCUUUAUAUUGUAUUUAUAUUAUAUAAAAUUGAAUGUCAAAUUGGCGAUAAUACCAGACCUCCACCAAAUGAUAAUUUUGCAUCAGUAUUAUAUGAGCAAUUACGAAGAUCCCUAAAUGAUUUCUAAAGAUAUUUUAUUGUAAACGGAGCACGUGUUUCUGAACUCUCUCACCUUCUCGGCUCUCUAAAUGAUAUUUCUCUGUGUGUUUCUGGUAGGGGACUAUGUACACUGUAAACUGAUUGUACCAUACCCAUUUUUUCAUAUUGUAUAUUAUGUAUAUUUUGAGCCUGUAUCAUAGUUCACAAAUGACAAUAAUUUUUGUAGUGGAGUGAAAUAAAUGGUUACAUUUCAGUUA